AAUCAGGAUGGCACUUCACGAGCCACCUUCCAAACUUAAUAGGCACUCUCAUUCAAAUUUAUUAAAACCUCCGUCAUUAAAUAAACCAAUACUGACGUUUGCUGACAAUGAUUGCCUGAAAACGCCAACUAUGAAUGAUAUGCUUAAGACACCCACAGUAAAUUCACCACGACACACACCGAUGAAUAUUGACGGGACGCCUAAAGUCAAUGGAUUUUCUGGAUUUACUCCUCAAACCGAUCAGAAAUUCUUUGGCGAGCACGAGCCACUGUUCAACCAAAUGCACACAACAACACUAAUGCCGGCACCAUCAUCGUCAUACAAGGAGCCAGCUUACAGUAGUGAGCAGCCGUCUAGCUCUUCGGAUGAGGCGAAGCCUAAGGAGCUGCUAGGAAGUAAUAGUUUUGGAGUACCGCGCAUGACGAACGGGAACAGUAAGCAGAAACCAGAAGAGUUGACGUUAAAAGAUAUUGAGAUCAGUUCUACAGGACCGGGUGGUGUAGAUUCUCCAGGCUUAUCUGCUGCCAUGUUCCAGUUUUCGCCAAUGGUAGAACACUUUUUGCAAAAUCUCACUAAUAAAGCAGGCCUGCCAGAAUUAGUUGUGGACUCUAAAACAGCGGGAUUAAACCAUCAAGAACCAUCCGAUUUGAUAAAGUCUGUCCAAGUACGGAGGAGCUCGAUAGAGGAUCAAAAAUUCAGUGAUGUUCUGCAUGUGCCGACACUGCCACGAAAGACAAGUGAACCAUCGCAUCUUGGGUCUUCUCUUCAAAACGAGCAUCCACAAUCCAACUCUCGACCGUCUACCGUAAUCCCACGAGUACAGAGGACCAACACGUCAGCGAGCCUCACAAGAUCUAUGGAUCAUUCAUCAAUGUCGCCAAUUUCUGCGCAUGAUGACCCGUAUUCCAAUUCAGCAAGCUAUUCUAGUCUCUCGACUCAUACGUCAUUUUCAGACAGCGCUAGCUUGGCACAUUUCGAGCCAAAAACCGAGCCAAUGGAUGACUACAGCUACAACUUCUCAGAUAAUGACUUCAAUUCCUUUGAGUUUUCAUCCACUUCUGAAGAGCUAAAGAAUAUUGGCUGCCAAAAAAUGAAGUCCUCAAAGAUGCCUCUCCAAGACAGACCGUACAAGUGUCCACGAGAUGGAUGUGACAGGAGGUUCUCGAGAAGUGACGAGCUGACGAGACAUAUUAGGAUUCAUACAGGCCAAAAGCCAUUCCAGUGCCGAAUUUGUAUGCGUGCCUUCUCCCGCUCGGACCAUUUGACGACCCACGUGCGCACUCACACUGGCGAAAAACCAUUCUCCUGUGACAUUUGUGGCCGGAAAUUCGCGCGAAGUGAUGAACGAAAGCGGCACACGAAAGUUCACAAGACAUCGCGUUCAGGGUCAUAACAAGCACAAGAUGAAGCGUGGUCCUCCAAUGUUUGAAUAAUCUGAUGCUGCCAAUCGAUACAGUUCUCUGUUUUUUCCCCUCUUGACAUUUCUAAAUCGUGUAACUCUCCUUGUAUUCUUCCUCCGACACACCGGUAAUGACAUUUGCGAACCGAAAGACAAUUUUUAAAGUUUUAUUUUUCAACGAUCUGAGAACCAUUGUUUUGUUCAAUUUACAUAUAUUUAGCGUUUGAAUAGAAUUCUACAUUACUCCAUCCCAUCGCUAGUCCUGGAAUCUGAAAUGGAAUCUAACAAGAAACCUAGAUCUCAUUAUCGAUAGAUUUAUUUUUUUGUGUUUUUUUUUCAAUAUUUUCCGCGUUCAGCUCCACAACCUCGCUCAAAUAUCAUAAAAACCUCUGGCAUUUUUUUCAUUUUUUUCUCGAAAAAUUCUUUGUCUUUUUUAUUUCUUGUAUUUGUCGUAUUAAAAAUUAAAUUACCUUGAUUCCUGCUCCUCUUUAUUCUGGUAUGACUUUUGCACUCUCCCUAACAGAAAAAACACAAUGUUUUAAACUCUUUUGUUAAGUUUUGAUUUCGUUUUUUACUUGUUUGCCUUUCGAUUUCCUUCCCCAUGAAAAACCUCAAUUUCUUUUGACUGAAAAGUUUCAAACUCUUAAACCAAGCCGUAUACUAUAUGUUUGUGAUUUAAAGAAAAAGUGUACCUUGCAUAAACUUUUAGGAAUUUGU